AAAGAACUCGAUCAACAAUUUUGUGAAGCAAGAUUUUUCAAUAGUGUGCUUCUUCUACAGUAAAAAUACUCGAUCCAAUUUAAACAUGAACCAAGAUCAAGCUUUUAACCCACUACCUCCGUUCGUCUCACCGCAACAGAACCUUACUUCCGCAAAUACUCCUCAUGUGACUACUGUGGAUGCCGUUCAUCCUAGUACGCAAACUCCUCAACUUACCACUAUACCUCUUCAUCCUACCGCCUUUUUUUUCCGGCCAUCGAAUGAUUUUUGUCAUUAUUACGUUAAUUGUAAGGAAAUCUGUUACGAUACUGUAACAUACUUAUUAAACAAGUCACCAAAUGAAAAUAACGUUCAACCUAACGAAAAUGAAUGUAUUUUCUACUAUCGGCAACAAAUUGAUACCAGGUUUUAUCGGGUAUCAUGCGAAAUCGUUUCUCCUAUUCUUAUUAAUGAUUAUUUGAAUAAAAAUAUCCUCGGAAUUUAUUCACAAAAUUUGGAACAAGAGAACCUAACAUUUACCAUCAAUCAAAAAGAUAAUCUUGAAUAUCAUUUGAAGCAAUAUUUAAGCCUUUACUUACUUAAUUAAAUUAGAAAUUUUCGUUUCAUAUUUAAAUUUACCCGGUUUAUAAUUAAGGAAUAUUAUCGUUUGUCAUAUUUAUCUCAUUAUAAUUGUUUUUGAAUUAUAAGUUUAUGAAAUAAAGCUCAAUUAAGAUUUUUAUUAUGACCUU